AAAUCGUCGACGACUCGCAAAUACGAGAGAGAGACUGGUAGGAGAGAAGUCUCUCUCUUUCUCCUUCCCCUUUCUUCCUCUUCCUUCUCACCAGGUACGCUCUUAAUUCCUCCUCUUCAAAACCGCCCAAACCUCAAUUAAUAAACAAAAUAAAAUAAAAUAACCCCAAUUAAUAAACAAAAUAAAAUAAAAUAAAAUAAAUCUUAUUUUCUGGUUCUGUCAAUCGCGAUUCAUCUAUUCCUUCACCCCCAUUGGAUUUCCCAUACAUACAUUCCAAUCUCCAAUACACCAAUAUUCUCUCAUGGCUUCCGUCGCUGCCGACGAAGACGCUGAUGCUGUCCUCAGCGACGUUGAAGCCGAAGAUCCUUCCCCUAUAUCAUUCCAAACCGAAGACAUCUCCGCCGACCGCAUCCGACAGCUCAUUGCUGAUCUCGACCGUGAGCGCCAAGCUCGAGAAGCCGCUGAGGCCGCAAAAUCCGAUCUCCAGGCCUCUUUCAACCGCCUCAAGGUCCUUGCUCACGAGGCCAUCAAAAAGCGCGAUGAGGCCUUGCGGGAAAAGGAAGAUUUGGUCCGUUCGAGCGAGAAGCUCUCGUCGGAAUUGGAAGAUUCUCUACGGCUGAAAGAUGAGGCCUUGAAGCAGAGGGAUGAGAUUGCCUGGCAGUUGGAGGAAGCGGUCAAGGCAAAGGACUCGUCCCGGGCCGAGAUUGAAUCCACCGCUCAGAUGCUUGUCACUGGCAUUGAGAAGAUAUCUGGGAAGGCCAGCGGGUUCAAGAAUUUCUCAGCGGGCGGUCUCCCAAUGUCGCAAAAGUACUCAGGCCUGCCGGCCAUCGCCUAUGGGGUCAUCAAAAGAACGAACGAGAUCGUCGAAGAACUUCUCAAGCAGGUCGACGCGGCCACCAAGUCUAGAAAUGGUGCCCGUGACCAGAUGGAGCAGAGGAAUUAUGAGAUCGCCAUCGAAGUUUCUCAGCUCGAGGCUAUGAUUAAUGGGUUGAGGGUAGAUCUAGGGAAAAAGGCUGCGGAAGCUGACAAUUUGGAGAAAUCAGUCGCUGAGAGAGAUGCGAAGAUCGCCGAGAUGGAGAGAGAGAUGUCAGAGAUGAAAUGUAUUGGGGAGGAGUACAAUCUCAAGCUGAGGAGCUUGGAGUCGAAGGUGGAUUUGCAGAGGCCUUUGAUUAUUGAUCAGUUGAAUUACAUAUCAAAAACACACGACCGGAUCUGUGAAAUUAUUAGGACAGUUGUUGGUGCAGAUAAAUUAGACCAAAUGGGUUUUUCUGACUCUGUGUUCCUAUCGAAUGAAAUGGAUAUGGAUGAGAGUUUACGCGCUUCUCUGACUGGGAUGACGUCUAUCUAUGAGCUGGCCAAAGUGGCGGUCGAAAAGGUGACGGAUGGAAUGGAAGGGAAAAACUGUGAAGUAAAAGGUCUGAAUGAGAUGAUCGCUCGGCUGGUAACAGAGAAAAAGCAUAUCGGUUCUUUGCUUAGAAGUGCUUUGUCAAGAAAGGCAGCAUCAGACCCAUCUUCCAAAGCGAGUGAGGUUCUACAAGUUGCGGAAAAUGGCCUGAGAAGGGCUGGGAUAGACGUCAGAUUUAAUGAACUUAUUGGGAAUGGCGAGAAUCUGGAUGUUGAUGAUGUGGCAGAUGGGUUGGAGGCGGAGGAGGAUGAAGUCUAUACAUUGGCUGGUGCUUUAGAGAAGAUCGUCCAGGCAUCUCAGCUUGAAAUCAUCGAGUUGCAACAUUCCAUGGAAAUGCUCAGGGCAGAGUCGAAUCUACUUAAAGCGCAUGUGGAGGCUCAAGCAAAAGAGCUCAACCAAAGAAAAAAUCAGAUAAAAGAACUUGAAGAGAAGGAGCAAGUGGCAAACGAAAGUGUUGAAGGCCUUAUGACGGACAUUGCGGCUGCAGAAGAAGAAAUUGCACGAUGGAAAUUGGCAGCAGAGCAAGAAGCUGCAGCGGGCAGAGCUGUUGAACAGGAGUUUAUGGCUCAGUUGGCAGCCCUCAGGCAGGAAUUGGAGGAGGCAAAACAAGCCAUGGUGGAUUCAGAGAACAAGCUCAAAUUCAAAGAAGAGACAGCAGCAGCAGCCAUGGCUGCAAGAGAUGCGGCCGAGAAAUCAUUAAGGUUGGCAGACUUGAGGGCUUCGAGGUUGAGGGAGAGGGUGGAGGAGCUGACCCGUCAAGUAGAAGAAUCAGAUAAUCGGGAUGAUUUGGGGAACCAGAGCAGGCAGAGGUAUGUAUGUUGGCCAUGGGAAUGGUUGGGCUUGAACUUUGUAGGAAACCCAGCACAGGUCAAUCAGGGUUCCAAUGAGAUGGAGCUCUCGGAGCCCCUUCUUUAGGUUGAUUGGUGUUACCAUGUGUAUUUUUUUCCCCUUUUUUUUUGUACAAAAGUUUCUUCUUCUUUUUUCUUUUCUUUUCUUUUUUUCUUUUUCUUUUUUCUUUAAAGUGGUUACGGUUUGUUUUUGUUCCAUUUUUGUUUGUUCUUCCCAUGUGUGAAUGGUAUUGACUCUGUUGAUUAAAAUGAAAGAGAGGCUCAAGCAUCUGCGUGUUAAAGGUGAUGAAAUAAUCUUGUAAUGCUCAAGAGUCUUCACAUUG